AUGAAGCCCUACUAUUCCCCGGUUUACCAGGAGAUUUGGGAGGGAGUGAAGACGGAGAAUGACCACAUCAACCUGAAGGUGGCCGGGCAGGAUGGCUCAGUGGUGCAGUUCAAGAUCAAGAGGCACACCCCGCUGAGCAAGCUCAUGAAGGCCUACUGCGAGAGGCAGGGCUUGUCAAUGAGACAGAUCAGGUUCAGGUUCGAUGGGCAACCCAUUAAUGAGACGGACACUCCAGCACAGCUGGAGAUGGAGGACGAAGACACCAUCGACGUGUUCCAGCAGCAGACGGGAGGUGCGAGGGAGACACGCUGCCUGUCGGUGCACGGUCUCUAGAGGCACUGUCCCCACACCAGGUCACCCGUCCUUUCAUUUUCUGUUGAGUAGUGAGCACGUGACUACACCAACCACAAAGGAGUCUGUGGAAAUGUGAGGACAUUCACCAAAAUGACCAAAAUGAUUUUCCUCUCUGACGUACUUCGAGUGCAACUCAGAAUCACAUCUGCAGGGACGGAGCUACUACUUCAAUCGGGCCAAUCAGAAUUGUUAUCUUUGUUUGGGUAAAAUGAGUUGCAAGGUUUUUGGGGUUUGUUUUGUUUUUGUUUUCAUUUUGUUUUUUUCCCCCUCCUAUAAGUUUUCCCCACAAACUUGUGGCCUGAAUGUCCGCGUUUAAUGUGUGGACUGCACUUUCCUCCCUGGUGAUGCAGUUGCUCUGCACUGCUCAUUCUGAGCAUGGAGAGUGUUCCCUCAGUGGGGGUGCGUCUGUUGGACAAGUGUUGGGACCAUGGUGGACAUGGAAGACAGAAGCUCAUUUGCUGUUUGUUGUAGGCAUAGGAUUUUAAAAUACUAAAUUUUGCAAAUUUAAGCUUUGUCAGCAUAUGGUAAAGUUGAAGGGAAAAUACUGGAAUCCUUCUUAAAAAGUAAAAAAACAAAUGAGUCCUUCAGUAAUAUGGCCCCAAGUGCUCUCUGCUCCUUGAAUGUGUCCCCUGGGGGUCUGAGGCCCAGGACCCCCACCACUACUCCAUGAUCAGUACCCAGUAAUUGGUACACAGGCAAAGACUGGCACUACAAAAAUUGGCUUUUCUUCCUUUUUUUAACAUAGAAGAAAAUACCACAUUUCUCAUUUGGUAAUAGUGUCGUGGCCUCAGAUCUCUUCUAGUGUUUGCUUCUAAUGAAUAAUUAUGGUUUAUGUAUAAAAAGUAACAUUAAGUAUUGCUGAAUUUGCAGUUACGUUGUUGUGUGAAAGAGCUAUGCAGAGUGUGGUGACAAAUGAUAUCUGUGGAAGGAGGGCCUCAUGUUCUUUUCAUGGACUUGUGCUAUGCUGCUCUUUGAAUACGUAUUGGAUUUAUGCAUUAGUCUGGUGAUUACAGUUCUGUGGAAUAUUUUGGGAUCUGUAAACAUUUUCAUAGUUCUGUCCCUUUAUGAGGACCCACUGCUGCUGAUGGCCCUUUUCUGCCCUUUUACAGUCACCUGAGCGAUGACCAUCUUCUCUUGCUUGCUUGAAAUCUUGCUGAAAUGCUCUUCUUCCCUUUGUUUAGCUGUAUGGGCUCGGGUGAAAUGUUUGUUGGCUCUGUGUGUUUAUUCACCAAUUUGUACAUUAUUUUUUGUCCUUUACUACUGUAAACAGUAAAUAUAGUUUGGUAUUCUGUCUCUUGGCUUAUAUUAAACACUGCAUUUGAAGGA